AUGACCGGAUUUCGUCUGGGCAACAAAAAGGAGAAGCUGUCGCCUUCGACAGCGAAGCCUUCCGCGCUGGUUGAUGAGGUGAGUGCACCGCGCAACUUCGGCAUCCGCAAUUAUCUUCACCAGUUCUAUGUGACCCCAACUGGAGAGGAACUUGAAUCCGGAGCCUGGUAUCUUCUUCCACCCCCACCGGCUCAACGACGCGGACUGCUUGUUUGUCGUGUUUGCACACUCAUCGGUCUUUUCCUUCUGAUCGCAGGGGCAGUUGCCAUCACCGUCGGCUACACUUGGAAAUACAACCGUCAUAUCGAGCAGUCGAUUGAGCGUUUUGUCCUGUUCCAGGAUGAAAACGGCGGUCUUUACUUGCCAAGCGACAAGCUUCAACUCAUUCUUCAAGAUCCAAUGAGAUACUGGAAGACGACAGGCUUCUGUCUUUUUGCUUCUGGAUCUGUUCUUCUCGCAGUAUCGCUGAUCAUUCCAACUUUGGCAGCAUGCGUCGGAACUCGUCGUUUCGCUGCAUUUGCUUCCAACGACAACUCGCCGAAUGAGCCACCGGUUCGCGUUUUUCCGCAAACGAUUGCGGCCCAAGCGGCUACCGUAAGCAGCGGACCAGUACCAGUGAUGGAAGAGAUCAGCAAAGUGCAACCAUCGGAGCGCAAAUCGCCAACUGUGACACCGGACCUUCUCGACCAAGAAGUCCACUAA